GAACAAGGUUCUUGGAUCGUCUUCAAUCCUCUUGUAGGUCGCAGAUAUUGUCCUAAAUUAAGGCAUUGAAAUAGAUACAGAUGAUCAGCAAAGUCAACACUGACAACUUAUAAACACAUGCAUGUAAUGAAGUUUGCAUACAUUUUUGCAUAAAAUUACUGCAAUUCAAUCUAAUUGUUAGUGCACUUCUGAUACUUAAUUUUAUAUUUAAUAGUUAUAAUUUUAUAGUUGAAGCACAAAUGGGUCGACUCGACCAGGAAGGACCACACUCUCACAGAAUACCAGCGUAAAAUAGCAGCUUAAUGCUGCUGUGUUUCAUAUGGUGAGUGUAGAGAACCAGAGACCCUUUUUACUGGAAAAGAGGCAUUCCAUCUUAGUCCUCAUGGGUGACAACACAUUUGAAUUUUGAUUCGCAAACGAGGAUAGAUGUAGAUGUCUAUGGGCCACAGAUACCACUUACCAUCAGGUGGACUGUGUGCUCGUUUGUCACCCUAUCCUAUAAAAAAAAUUAUUAGGAAAUAUAUUGUAGUACCCAAAAAUAGUUACCGUAAACAUGGUUGAUAGGAACAAUUUUCAAUUUGAAAGAGACCUAUAUUGUAUUAAGAUUUUAUAUUUCAAUUAUUUGUAAAUACCCACUUUCAAUUGUGCACGUCUUAAGCACAAAGGGCAUAGGUAUGUUCUACUAGCGCCUAAAAAUCAAGAUUCCAACGUUUUGUCACAUGAAAUAGUAUCUAACAACCAUAUUGAACAUAUAAAUUAUAUAAAAAUCAUAUUGUCAAAGAGAUAAAUGAUUGUUGAACUUAUUUUCUUUUUAAAUCGAUCUAUUGCCAUUUUGGCAUUAAAAAAGCGGUUUUUGUAGCAGCACAUGGAAGUGUAAACACAAUAACUUUUGAAAAUAUCAAUUGUUCAACUCAAUCUAUUUUUUAAACUCUUCAUCUGUCAUAUGGGAAGCCAUGGAAUAUAAGUGGCAGUUUAAUUUUGUUUUGUCUUUUUUAAAUUAUAGGAUAAGGGUGACAAACGAGCACACAGUCCACCUGAUGGUAAGUAGUUGCUGUGGCCCAUAGACUUCUACAUAUAUCCUUCAUUCCAAAUCAAAAUGUAGAUGUGUUGUCAGCCGUGAGGACCAAGAUGGAAUGCCUCAUUUCCAGUAAAAGGGGCCUCCGGCCACCUGCACUCACCAAGCGAAACGCAGAGGUAAAACUCUACUUCACGCUGGUUUUCUAUGAGGCCUGGUACCACCCCGGUUCGAGUCGGCCCAUCCGUGCGACAGCAAAAGCUGCCGCGUGGCUCUACCUAUAUUAAAAAUGAUAGAAAUCGAUUCAGUUAACGAUUCUGAACAAACUGAUUUCAGACUCAAACUGAUGCUGUUGGCCCUGCGGCCUUUACAGCUACCACUGUUUAGUUAUAAUAAAUUUUUUUGGCUGAGAUAUAGCAAAUUUUUUAGUGUUUUGAGCUGCCUUGUAUUAAUUUGUUUUACUAAAUACACUUUGCCACACUCCCGGCCACAUAGUACUUGUUUACUCUGGGCUCAGCUGCCGUCGUGAGAGGUCGUUUGUUUACAGUGGUUCGUGCUGAAAAAUAUCGACCGCUUAAGAAAUAUAAAAUAUUCCAAAAGCCAAAGAUACAUACUUGACCAAGUUUAUGCAAUAACUUCAAAUGGAAGAUAUUAACAAAAACCGCUUUAUUGGAACUUCAAAAGAAAAAUUUUUCUAUCACAAUACUUUAUUAUGUUUGGUUCAAUCACUUCAAGGACAAAACAUUACCGUAGAUCUUCGUAAUGAUUCAUAUGUUUGUGGGACUGUCGUUUCUGUUGAUGGACUGCUGGCGGGAUAGAGAUCUGUUUAGAUUUAUGAACAUCUCGUUUUCUCAUGCUGUAUACUGUGAUACAAAAGGAAAUGAGUUCUCUUUUGAAAAUCUGUUUGUGCAAGCACGUAAUAUCAGAUACGUUCACAUACCGGAAAAUAUAUCAAUAUUGGGUAAUAUUAAGGAAGCAGUGAAGAAAGAUUUUAAGAAGAAAUCAUUUGAAACAUCCUCUGUUAAGAAGUCCAGAAAGGCUAAAAAGGCACUUAAACAACAUAUGCAGAUUGUAGCAUCACUGGAAAAUACAAAAUAAGUCAACUUUUUGAAACUAACAGGGAAAUAAAAAUUUAUGUUUUGUAAAAUAUUAUAUUCUAACAUCAAUUUUAUAAAAUUAAAACUUAUUUCAACAAUUAUGGACAUUUAUUCAAACAUUAACGCUCCAAAGAUUAGAUGGUAAAUAAAACUUUGGUCUACUAUGAGAAUAAUUAUUAAUUUGCACUGUAUUUUUUUUAUAGGAUAAGGGUGAUAAACGAGCACACAGUUAACCUGAUGGUAAGUGGCUGCUGCGGCCUAUAGACAGCUACAUCUAUCUUCGAUUACGAAUGCAGAUGCGUUGUCACCCAUGAGGACCAUAGAUAAAUAUAUAUGUAGCAAGCUACAGAUACGACAGUGACUUUUAGUCAAGUUUCCCAACUACGCCUUUUGGUGCUGCAGUCGCCCAUUUUGACAGAUGAGUAAUAAAAUAAAUAAAUAAAAAAAUAUAUAGCUUAGAGAUUGCAAGCACACAUCCUUCAAAUAAUCGAUAUCGAUAUUUAGUGAUGUUCUUAUUUUAUCGAUAUCAACGUAACGACGCAUUAUAUAGUUGUAUUAAAAUAUUACUUAAUGAAACAAUUUUGGUAC